AUGCUAGGAAAACUGGUUCAUAUUGGAAUCGACGCCAUCAUCAUCAGUGCCUUUCUCGCAGGGGUGAAACGUACAACUGGCCUGACGCCUGCCCUAGGGCAAGUUCCGAACAAAGAUAUACGACAGCUGUUGCGCUCAUAUCUUGAAAUGGGCGAGUACACGCUCGACUUUGCGGUUGUCAUAUUCGGACGAUCUUCGUCCUUUGAGAGGACGCGUUGA